UUUACCGAACUUUUUUCAUUUUUUACGGGAAAAUCUGAAAUUAGUGAUGUUUAAUAACGGAUUUGAGGUUAUUCAGUGUAUUAUGUAAACGUGAAUAUCCAUUAGCGUAGACAGAACAUAGACGUAUGCAAAGUUAAUCUUUUAGUUGUAGGUGGCGCGCAAUGCCUAGAACUGCUUCAAUUUCGCUAGAUAGCGCCUAGUUUAAAACGGGGAGUUCUCGUUCAUUUUUACUGAGAUUACGUCACCGUGGGCGUUUUAUAUUAUACAUAUAUCUAGUCACUCGAACUGACAAUCUUCAGACGAUUAACAUCAACUCAAGUUCUCUUUCUGCACAAAAUGCCAGGAUACAAGUGGGUGAGAUAUUCUGGAGCAAGGUAUUGGGCUCCUGGGAUGAUUACUAUUGGUCGUGACUUGGAUGGCGCUCAUCUUGUUGUUGGUCGUGCACAUCAUCAUGGCGAUUUGUUACCGGCUAAAGCUAAGCCUGAACAUGGGGUUGCUUAUAUUGCUCAUGGUGGCGCUGAACACAUGAAACAUGACUUCGAAAUUUUAAUGCCAGCUGAGUUUCACUGGAUACCAUCGAGAAAUGGUCAAGUACCACCUGGAGCUGUUGAGGGCGGCAGAACUAGUAAUGGAGAAGUUUUAUUUAUCGGUCGCGCUCAUCAUAAUGGAACUCCUUGCGUAGGAAAGGUACAUCCAAGCCACGGCAGCCUUUACAUUCCUUACAAUGGCGAAGAAGUUCCCUUCAGAGAGUACGAAGUACUGGUUCAAAAUUAAUUUUAUCGAAUUAUAUGAAAAAAUGUUCCUUGAAUGCUAAUGAAAAG